AUGCGUGCGGCGAAGGCAGCGAAAGACGUCCAGGCUGCGUCUGCCGAGCUAGUGGAUCGGCUAUGCCAUUUUUUUGGGGAGGAGGUGACAGGGUUACCGGCAAAAUUUGACAGUCAGCUGCCCAGCGACAGCUUAGAUUGGUACAUGGAGUAUCUCAACACCCAGGCAUUCCCAAUAUUACAUCGUGUGUUGCGUCUUCUGUGUUGCGAGCAGCCAGACAACCCAUCUGGUGCAAUACUUCUGUCCAUGGCAAGACGUCUUUGUGAUGCGACUCUGCUCGCGGAGUUGCACUCGGUGCUGGGCGUGGAGCUUCAGGUGGAGGAUGCCGAGAUGGCAGACAGCCCAGUGGUGCCCGUGCCGCCUCCGCAGCCGAAGCCACAG